AAAAACACCAGAAGAAUGUUCUCCCUCGUAAACAGAGCUAACCGUGGAGGUACAGAUAAUAUCCUGCCCAAUCAAAGUGAUGCUUCUAAUUGAUUAAAUAAACCACGGACCCCCUUCUUCUUCUGGCAUUAACCGUAUAAGAGGACAGUAUGGAGGAGUCAUGGGAUUUUGAGUUUCUGUCCCGCAUCGCUGACAGUUGCUUGUCGUUUAUCUCCGAGUUUGUUGACGAUUGGCUCGCCAACGACAUGAGGGUCUCUAUAUUUAAAAUCCUGCUCAGCUGGCUGAUUUUUAGUCUAAUCGCCAUUCACUUUGCUUGGAAAGUCUACGGGAACACGGUGAACGACAUGUAUUACCGACAAGGGACUGGACAAAACGGAGCAACACCCGAGGCAGCUACUCACCUGGGCAGAUGGGAGAGUAAAGCUGGAGACCCUCCGAAGAGCCAUCGGGAUUAAAGGAACACUCAUCUUUAAAACUGGGCUGGAUGUUUUUACAUCAGAGACACUAAAUGAACAUAAACAGUUUGGAUCAUUUGUAAAUGUGAACAUCCAUCAGUUUUCCAGCACUGGCCACAGAACAGGACACUCUCUGCGGGAAGGACUGAAAUAAAUUGUGUUGUCAAAAUGGACUAUCGUGGCAGCAGCAGUGAAGGUAUAAAAUAACUGUUAUAUCACUUAAAACGCUACACAUAACAGGAAACUAUAUUUGUAUGGUGCAACAAAUGUAUUCUAGAAGUUUGGGCUCACAGUCAAAUAUACUUUUUUAUGAAUCAUCCUGGCAUUAGUGGAGCUGGAUGAGUAGUGACAGCAUAUGCUGUGUGUAAAUAGUUAUAGCAGUAUUACUAUUGAGCAACAGAUGUGGCCAGUUUUAUUUAUGCAAUUUGAUACAUAAAUGAUCGUGUGUAAACCACUGCUUAAAUGAUUUUUAGUUGCACCUUACACCAUUUCAUGUUUUUGAAGGAUUACAACAACAAACCUCCGUGUACUUUAUUCAGAUCUCAUAUGAUAUACCAAUACAAACUAAUUAUAAACUGGAAGGAAAAUAA